AUGCCGCCGCCCGAGACGUCGUCCUCGUUCAGCGCGUACAACCCAGUCACGGACGGCGCAUCUCCGACUCGACCGUGGACGGCGUCGCGCAGGUCGUCCGAGUACGGCCGGCCGCCCCCAGUUAGCAACCGAUACGAGCCGGCCGACCUCAACGGCAGUCCCAGGCCGGGCACGCCCGCGUCCACCUACGGCGGCAGCCCCCGGCGGCCCCUGCCUCCCGCGCCGCUCUUCUCGCAGCCCGCGCGGGGCUCUACGCACUCGUUUGCCGACGACGUCACGGUGAGCAUCCCGCUUUCGGAGGAUCCCGACGAUGUCUUCGGGCCCGAGUCGGACGUAAGCGGCGCGAGAUACACCCAGCACCACGAGGCCUACGCGCAGUCGCAGGAGACGCUGAGCGAGGAAGACUCGACGGAUGUGUUUGACGAGAAGGUGGAGCGGUACGGGCCGGCGCCGGAGGGCAAGCAGGAGCGGCGCGGGGUGCGGGCGCCGCAGAUGAGCAAGAAGGAGGUGCAGCUGAUCAACGGCGAGCUGGUGCUGGAGUGCAAGAUCCCGACGAUCCUGUACAGCUUCCUGCCGCGGCGCGACGAGAUCGAGUUCACGCACAUGCGCUACACGGCGGUGACGUGCGACCCGGACGACUUCGUCGACCGCGGGUACAAGCUGCGACAGAACAUCGGGCGGACGGCGCGCGAGACGGAGCUGUUCAUCUGCAUCACCAUGUACAACGAGGACGAGUACGACUUCACGCGCACGAUGCACGCUGUCAUGAAGAACAUCAGCCACUUCUGCAGCCGCAACAAGAGCCGCACGUGGGGCGAGCUGGGCUGGCAGAAGAUCGUCGUAUGCAUCGUGUCGGACGGGCGCGAGAAGAUCCACCCGCGCACGCUCGACGCGCUGGCCGCCAUGGGCAUCUAUCAGCACGGCAUCGCCAAGAACUACGUCAACCAGAAGGCCGUGCAGGCGCACGUGUACGAGUACACGACCCAGGUGUCACUCGACUCGGACCUCAAGUUCAAGGGCGCCGAGAAGGGCAUCGUGCCGUGCCAGAUGAUCUUCUGUCUCAAGGAGAAGAACCAGAAGAAGCUCAACUCGCACCGCUGGUUCUUCAACGCCUUCGGCAAGGCGCUCAACCCCAACGUGUGCAUCCUGCUCGACGUCGGCACGCGGCCCGCGGGCACGGCGCUGUACCACCUGUGGAAGGCCUUCGACACCGACUCCAACGUGGCCGGAGCCUGCGGCGAGAUUAUUGCAAUGAAAGGUAAACUCGGGCGUAACCUGCUGAACCCGCUCGUGGCGUCGCAGAACUUCGAGUACAAGCUGUCCAACAUCCUCGACAAGCCGCUCGAGAGCGUGUUCGGCUACAUCACGGUGUUGCCGGGCGCCCUGAGCGCGUACCGCUACCACGCGCUGCAGAACGACGAGACGGGCCACGGCCCGCUCAGCCAGUACUUCAAGGGCGAGACGCUGCACGGCCAGCACGCCGACGUGUUCACCGCUAACAUGUACCUGGCCGAGGACCGCAUUCUCUGCUGGGAGCUGGUGGCCAAGCGCGGCGAGAGAUGGGUGCUGAAAUAUGUCAAGGGAUGUACCGGCGAGACCGAUGUGCCUGACACCGUCCCCGAGUUCGUGUCGCAGCGUCGCCGUUGGCUCAACGGCGCCCUCUUUGCCGCCGUCUACUCGCUGGUCCACUUCAAGCAGAUCUGGCUGACGGACCACACGCUCGCGCGCAAGAUCCUGCUGCACAUCGAGUUCGUGUACCAGUUCGUGCAGCUGCUGUUUACCUACUUCUCCCUGGCCAACUUCUACCUGACCUUUUAUUUCAUUGCCGGUGGCCUGGCCGAUCCCCAGGUCGACCCGUUCGGCGGCAGCGCGGCCAAGUACAUCUUCACGAUCCUGCGCUACGUCUGCGUGCUCCUCAUCUCGACGCAGUUCAUCCUCUCGCUCGGCAACCGCCCGCAGGGGGCGCGCAAGAUGUACCUAGCGUCCAUGAUCAUCUACGCCGUCAUCAUGUCGUACACGCUGUUCGCCAGCAUCUACAUCGUGGUGCGUCAAUUUAAGGAAAAGGACAACCCGAACCUCAACCUGGGCAACAACGUCUUCACCAACCUGAUCGUCUCGACCGCGUCCACCAUCGGGCUCUACUUCCUCAUGUCGUUCCUUUACCUCGACCCGUGGCACAUGUUCACGUCGCUGCUGCAGUACAUGAUCCUACUGCCCUCGUAUAUCUGCACGCUGCAGAUCUACGCCUUCUGCAACACCCACGACGUCACGUGGGGCACCAAGGGCGACAACGUCAUGAAGACGGACCUGGGCGGCGCUGUGGGCAAGGGCGGGUCCGGCUCGACGGUCGAGCUCGAGAUGCCGUCGGAGCAGCUCGACAUCGACUCGGGCUACGACGAGGCCCUGCGCAACCUGCGAGAUCGCGUCGAGGUGGCGCCCCCGCCCAUCUCGGACGACCAGCUGCAGCAGGACUACUACAAGAGCGUGCGCACCUACAUGGUCGUCACCUGGCUGGUGGCCAACGCGACACUCGCCAUGGCCGUGAGCGAGGCGUACGGCGGCAGUUCGAUAGGCGACAACUUCUACCUGCGCUUUAUUCUAUGGUCGGUGGCUGGGCUCGCCGUGUUCCGAGCGCUGGGCAGCACCGCGUAUGCGGUCAUUGCGCUGGUCAAUAUGGCGGUCGAGGGCCGCGUCCGCAUGACCCUGAAGAUUCCCAAGUGGCUGGGCGGUUGGGGCAGCAAGAUCAGUGACACCAUGAGCAGUGUCGCGAGCAGUGUGCGCCGAUGA